GUUAAUGAGGAUGUUGUUGGGCAUGAUGGCGAUGAAAGACUGGACGAGAAGGAUGGCAGAGAUGAGGGUGAUGAUAACGAUAGGGGUGCUGAUAGCGAUAGUGACAGCGAUGCUGAUAACGGUGUUGCGGUUGGUGUUGUUGUCGUGGCUGUAGAAGUGUUCAACUGGACAUUGGACGUUUGA